UUAAAGCGGCCGGUCCUUUCCUUCUAUUUUCUCGGUGUCUCCGAGCGGACUCGGCGGCUUUUCCGGGUUCGCCUUUAAACCCGGCUCUGAGCAGCAGCACACACAUACACAGAGAGGGAGUGGGCCAGCACAGCAAACACAGCCCCUGCCCCCAGGCCUGGCCCGAAAUCUAACCAGAGCAGACCCCAGCACCGCACAGCCCAUUUGCACUCCAGUGUAGUCCAGCGCAGCCCGAUAAUCACAGCUAACGGCCCGGCACUCCUAACAUGGCUCUCAAAAGAAUCCACAAGGAGUUGAAUGAUUUGGCCCGUGAUCCACCAGCACAGUGUUCAGCAGGUCCAGUUGGUGACGACAUGUUCCACUGGCAAGCCACAAUAAUGGGACCGAAUGACAGUCCUUACCAGGGUGGUGUAUUUUUCUUGACCAUUCACUUCCCCACAGAUUACCCCUUUAAACCACCUAAGGUUGCAUUUACAACAAGAAUUUAUCAUCCAAAUAUUAACAGUAAUGGCAGCAUCUGUCUUGAUAUUCUACGGUCGCAAUGGUCUCCGGCGUUAACUAUUUCAAAAGUUCUUUUGUCCAUUUGUUCACUGUUAUGUGAUCCAAAUCCAGAUGAUCCCCUAGUGCCUGAGAUUGCACGUAUCUAUAAAACAGAUAGAGAAAAGUACAACAAAAUAGCUCGGGAAUGGACUCAGAAGUAUGCAAUGUGAUUACAUUAAAAUGUUGACGAACCUCUUAUACAGCUGGGGGAACUUGCAAAACAAAUUUCUUUGGUUUCCAUUUGACUGCUUUCUUUGAGCCCACGCCUCUUCCCCUGUGCACAUGUUCACCUGAUCCAGCAGUGCUGCGUUGUAUUGUGUACAUAUUUGGAACAGCUGAUAGAAAUGCCCCUUUCUCAAUUGUUUGAAAUUCAGACUACUUACAAAGCGAGUGUUAAUUGUCCAGUUCUUCAAUCAUAACAUUUGUGAGACUAAAAGCAUUCCUAGUCAUUGUAACAAGAUGGUUUAAAAAAUUCAGGGUUUAAGUGCUUCCGGGGGUGGGAACUUUUCCUUUUAUAAGAUGUAUGUUGGAAUUCUUUUAAACUCAUAAUGGUUAUGAAUAAUAGAAUGAAGAACUUUAAUUUGUUUAAUGUUUUGCAAUUUUUAUGCUGAAGAAUGCAAAUCUACAUUCUAGUUAAACGUUGGAAUGGAAAGUUGAAAGCAUACUUGUGUCCUAUAAAAUUGAACAGCCAUUUGAAUCAUCACCCAUCACAGUUAAAUGGAUUGGAGCUAUUAGUUAGCCAGUCAUUCAAUUUUCAAUACCUUUUUUGGGUUUAUAUUUGGCUUACAGUGAAUGAGUAGCUAAUAGCUCUAAUUUUUUUUUGUUUUGUUAACUAAUCUUAGAAGUCUCAUCUGGAUGUAAGGGUAAAAAUUCAUGACAGAACUUGUGUAUAUUUAAUGACCCAAAGGCUCUACUGGAGCUUGUAUGUUCAAAAUGAUUAAUCUGUGUAAUAAACUGAUUACUAAAGUCA